AUGCGGCUCUUCGUCCGCGAUGUCGCGGGCACGACGCACUGCGUCGAGCCGGCGCCAACAGAGAGCAUUGCAAACUUGAAGGAACGCCUCGCUGGUGUCCAGUGCUGUGCCAGCACCGAGCAAUGCCUCCUUUUUGGUGGACGAUCACUCCGGGAUGAGGAGUUGCUUGGUGAGUGCGGCGUGGAGGAGGAGUCCACGAUCUUUCUAUCUGCAGAGCUCAGUGGCGGUGGCAAGAAGCGCAAGAAGAAGACCUACACCAAGCCAAAGAAGAUCAAGCACAAGAGGAAGAAGGUGAAGCUUGCAGUGCUGAAGUUCUACAAGGUUGAUUCCAACGACAAGGUGGGCACCUGA